GAUGACCUGGCUAAACAGUGCAGCCUCUCUGAAAACUUUUCUAUUCAGAUAAAACAACAUGUUCAUACUUGGAAUUGUAACAUUUUUUUUUAAAUCUUAGAGCACGGUGUUAGUAGCACGCAAAGCGGGGUUUUGGCAACUUGAAUAUAACUUAAUACCUCCCCCGCCACCGUCAGCCAAACCAGUCGAUAUCAGACCCCGUCUCAUUCAGUUUGAGAAUAUGAGGAGAUAGGCAUUUAAACGAGCACCGAUAGAAUGGCAGCCUGCAAACGACCUCUAGUAUAGCUAGUUAACGUUUACUUUGUAACUAUUAACAAUAUUCAUCGUGCCUGCAGUGACCUUGGCAAGCCGCUGGAUGACAAACAAUUAAAGGAUUAAAAAUGUUGAGAUUUGCAUCUGGAAGACGCAUGAUUUCUGGGUUUUCAGUAUGGAGAUUCCCGCAGCAAAUAACCAGAGCAGCAAACUACUCAACAGAAGCUCAGCUGCCGUUUCAAUCUCAGGCCUCCUCAGUGUUAAAACCAUCAAGAGCAGCUUCCACCAACAGGCUGUUGAGCAUCAGGCCCGUGAGCUGGCAUGUCUCCCGUCUUAUCCACGGGGAUCCACAAGGCACGUCAGACAGAGGAAGCACUAACCAGGGCUUCAGUUUAAGGGCCCUCACUCAAGCUCCCCAACCAGCUCUGUACCUUGGCUUCUCAGGGCUCGUCCCCUUUUUGUCCGCCCCUCUCUUGAUGGCUGCCACACAGUCCUUCUACCCUGAAGUGGCAUAUGCUCAAGUCGUCUACGGAGCCUCUAUUGUUUCCUUCCUCGGAGGUGCCCGCUGGGGGUUUGCCAUCCCUGCUGGUAGUCCUGCUCAGCCAGACUGGAUGAACUUGGGCAAUAGCGUGGUGCCUUCGCUUCUGGCCUGGCUGGCACUGCUCUGCAGGGACAAUAUUGCAGAGGGAGCCCUGGUAGUUAUCAUGGGACUGGGUCUAUCACUGCAUUACGACCUGACCUUGCUGCCUGGCUACCCCGCCUGGUUCAAAGCCAUGCGGACAGUCCUCACUCUGGUCGCCACCUUCUCACUGGUGGCAACACUGACAAUUAAAAAAUUCUGUACUGAGAGGAAGAUCAAAGAGAACCAGAACUGAUUCAAGAGGACAGUUUGUACUUUUAUCCACAUUUUUAUCAAGUCCAUAGACUUGAUAAAAAUGUAAAAUUAAGUGAAGAUGUGAAGACAGUCUGGUUUGCAACAGCUCACAGCGAUCCCUUUGUGACUUAUAUAAUAAUUCAACAUCUUUUGGGAUACGUGAUAGCUUUAAGUGUGGAAUAUCAUUUGGAAAAUAAGUAAGACCAGGUUUCUAAGUUGCAGAAUGGGGACAGUAACUUCUAAUUUUGCAAUGUGCAAAUUUGAGACAGUGGAUUAACAUUGGGACUAUUUGCAUACUUUUCCUUUCCAUUUCUGUCCAACUCCAGACUGAAACGAGUCAAACCACAGCUAAAGAAAUGCACAGGCGUUGUUAUGCCAUAGUUUGUAAGAUGCUGUAAAAAAUAAUGAUAUUAUUGUUCUGUGUUAUUAAUUAACCAAAACAUUCAAACCAAUCUUUCUCUUGCUGCCCUUUUAAUGCUUCCAGUUUGAGACAGCAGUGAGGAUUUAAAUGAUAGUUAGUCAUGGAAAGUUUUUACAUAUUCAUAAAUGACAAUGGAUCACAAUAACAGAAUAAGAGGGAAUGUCAGUACAAUGUUUUCUCUUAUCUAAAGAAUAUAAUCUCCUAAAUCUAAUUCUUCACAAAGAUCCAAACAGUCAUAAAUUAAAGUAAGUUUAACUGAAGAUUAACGUUCAUUAAAAAUAUACAUAGUAAAUCCAUGAGUACUGAGUUUUAGUAGCAGAGCUGGAGGUAAGUGAUCGUACAUUUCCCAU